CGCGCGGCCGCACACUGUCAGCAGAGACACACGAACGAGGAGCUUUGUACGAGCGCGUGGGGGCACGGUCAUUACCCGCUCAUAAUCCGUUUCCCCAUCACAUUGACAUGGACAUGGGCUUCAAUAAUAAAGCGUUGUGAGAACACGUUUAAUUUGAUUUUUGUUCGUAUCCACGAAUGUUUUCUUCCUUUUGCCAGAGCUGCCAACUCUCACGCUUUCACCGUUUGACUCACGCAUUUGCCUGUUUUCACACGCACUCACGCCACACAUCCAAUUUCUCACACUAAAAAAAUCCGAUGUUGGGCCGUUUCGGUUCCCUGCAGUUUGUACCGUCCAAAAACAAUGUUACGCUAUAGUAAACAGAGACUCGUCAAGCACUAGGACCAAGAGGAAAACGGCCGCUCCAGCUGAAGCCUGUUACCCUUAGUUUAGACCCGCCCACAAGCUCCUCGAUUGGCUCUGCCGUUUCUUGUGUGAUUGGCCGUCCCCGCUGUCACUCCAUCUUGCUUGCACACCGGUCUGCUGGAGUUGCCCAGGUAACAUCAGAGGUUUCAUUUACAUUAACGUUUGAAUCGGUGUCCAUGUGCGCAUGUGCGUGCGUGUGUCCAGAAUGUUUUUUCUAUAUUUACAUUUACAUGCUUUACAACCAGUCAAAGGGAACAGUAAACGUAACAGUAGCAACAGAAAACUAGAAGAACUACUAUUGUGUGACAGGGCGCCCGCCGGUAGAGCUGGCGACCCAUAUACAGUUAUAUAGUCGCUGCAGCAGCUCGGGAUCAAAUCCAACCUGCUGCCCUUUGCUGCAUGUCAUUCCCUCUCUCUCCACCCACCACCCCUGUCUCCCCACAGCUGUCUCUAUAAAUAAAGCCAUCAAAAGGCCAAAAUAAUAACUUUAAAAAAAUAUCUACUCGUGCCCCCCCCCACCUCUGAAAUCAAAAUGUUGUCCUUGAUCUGAGCUGGGACUAGGUAUGUAACAAUGAAAUGUCGUCCAAUUGAGUACUCACUCUCUUAAACUUUAAAUCUUGAUAUAAAUGAUUUGUUUGUGCGUGUGAACAUGAUUUAGUGUGGUGAAAUCUGUCAUAACAAGCAGCACUAGAGCACCUUGUUAACCUGGUGGUAUACUGCAUGCUCAAAAUAUCAGCUCAUUGCAUUGUUUAUUUACUCACAGUUUAACACCAUUCUAAUCAAAAUAUCAAUCAACCUACAGGUACCUAGGUCCAAUCUUAAACACUGGUCUACGAAUAAGGCUUUAUUGUGAUACAGGCAGUCAUUUAGGCACAACAAUAGUUUUCUAGUUGAAUGUUCAGCUCAAGUCAAUGGACUUGUCUCUGUACUUAUAUAAAGUAUAAUAGUACUUACUUACUAUUAUUAGAUGUUAGUGCCGCAUUUGACACCAUUGACCAUAAUAUUCUUUUACAGAGACUUGAGCAUCAAAUUGGCAUUAAAGGAACCGCACUAAGCUAGUUUAGGUCAUAUUUAUCAGAUCGUACGCAGUUUGUACAUGUUAACGAUGAAUCUUCAAUAAAUACUAUAGUUAGUCAACAUUAUUAGGAUGCAGAUGAUACACAGUUCUAUAUCUAUCAAUCAAGCCCAAUGAAAUUUAUCAAUUAUCUAAAUUACAAACAUGUCUUAAGGAGAUAAAAUCCUGGAUGAGCUGCAAUUUUCUGAUGUUAAACUCAGAAAAAAACGAAAUUCUUGUACUUGGCCCCAAAAACCUUAGAGACUCACUGUCUAAAGAUAUAGUUACUCUAGAUGGCAUUAACUUGGCCUCUAGCACCACUGUCAGGAAUCUUGGAGUUAUCUUUGAUCAGGACAUGUCAUUCCCACUUAAGCAGACCUCUAGGACUGCCUUCUUUCAUUUACGUAAUAUUACAAAAAUUAGACACAUCCUGUCACAGACAGAUGCAGAAAAACGAAUCCAUGCAUUUGUUACUUCUAGGCUGGAUUAUUGCAACUCUUUAUUAUCAGGUUGCCCCAAUAAGUCCAUUAAGACGCUCCAAUUAAUUCAAAACACUGCAGCACGAGUACUGACACAGACACCCUCACCACAUUCAAGAGUAGGCUUAAGACAUUCCUCUUUGAUAAAGCUUAUAGUUAGGGCUGGAUCAGGUGAGUCCUGAACCAUCCCUUAGUUAUGCUGCUAUAGGCCUAGACUAUCGGGGGAUUUCCCAUGGUGCACUGAGCUCCUCUCUUCCUCUCUCUUUCUGCACUCAUUCAUGUUCCAUUAAUGCAUGUUACUAACUUCACUUCUUCCCCAGAGUUCUUGUGCUUUCUCGUCUCGCAGGUUCUUAUUGAUCCUGGUGGAGCCUCCUGCCAUGGUCCUGCUAGAUUGCCAUUGCCAAUACUGUUGUUGCUGUGCACCUGUCUGUCUGUUUGUCUCUCUCUCUGUCUCUGUCUGUCUGUCUCUCUCUCUCUCUCUCUCUCUCUCUCUCUCUCUCUCUCUCUCUUCUCACCCCAACUGGUCGAGACAGACGACCACCCACCUAGAGCCGAAGGGUCUGUCCUAGGUUUCUGCCUUUUAACAGGCAGUUUUUCCUUGCCCUUGUCGCCAAGUGCUUGCUCAUGGCGGUACUGUUGGGUCUCUGUAAAUAAUUUUAUAAAGAGUUCGGUCUAGACCUGCUCUAUUUGAAAAGUGUCCUGAGAUAACUUCUGUUAUGAAUUGGCACUAUACAAAUAAAAUUGAAUUGAAUUGAAUUGAAUUGAAUUGAAUUGAAUUGAAUUGAAAAGCUAGAAAGCCCUACAAGUCAUGAUGCCGAACAUGAAUCAGAAUAAGUUCAGGUAGUGCAUAUCUUUAGCAGACCACCCAAAAAUCCACUAGAAUGCAGGAAAUCACAUCUACUUAAUCCAAAAUUUCCUGGGGGUGGACCUUCAGCUAUGUCUGCUUCUCAGAAUGUAACUAAUAUUGUCCAUCUCCAGUAGGCUGUCCCUAUCAGCGGCUUUGGGUCUCCCCACAAACCACCAGAAUGCAGGGUACAACAUGGGUACAACAUCAAAUGAAUUCCAAUUCUCUGAUAUCUGAAUCACCAACUUGUGUGGCUGCGUGCGCGGCAUAAUUUUGGUCACCCCCGACAAAAUCUCACUCCAAGGUUUUUUGAAAAGUUGGCAGCUAUGCUUUUGCUCUUCUCUUAGGUAAGAGAGUGGACGAGAGCACUCUGACCAAGAUAAGAACAAAACAUCUAGUUUCCACAGUUCACUAAUUGUUUUGUCCAAAGCGAGGAGCAAAACAUUUUCACAUUAAAUUUGAGAAACAUAAAAAACACAUGAAUAUUAUAUAAUUGAUUGAUUGAUUGAUUUUAUUUAUGGAUUAUCAGACAGGAAAAUAAACAACAAGAAAAAUCUUUUUUCUUACUCAUUUAUGUACUCAUAUUUAUAUUUAUGUCCGGUUGUGUGGAACAUGCUAGUGUUAUCUGGCAUCAGAUCCAGGUCGCCAAGAAGGAGGGAACAGAUCUUCAUGUGGUUUUCCUGGACCUUGCGAACGCCCUUGGCUCAGUCCCACACAACCUUCUGUGGACAGCCUUUGACUUCUUCAGGGUCCCAGCAGCUCUCACAACCCUUGUCAAGGCCUACUUCCAGGACGUCCAGCUCUGCUUCACAAUAGCAGAGUACACCACAGCAUGGCAGCACCUGGAGGUGGGAAUCAUGGCCAGCUGCACCAUCUCCCCACUGGCCUUUACCAUGGCUAUGGAGGUGAUCAUUAGGGAAUCUCGAUGGGUGGUUGGAGGACAGCGAAUAAGACCUGGCCUGAGGCUGCCGCCUGUCAGAGCCUACAUAGGAUGACCUCACAACACUUACCACAACCAAGACUUGUACUGUAUGGCUGCUGAGAAAGCUGCAAGAAAACAUGGAGCUGGCUCGCAUGAAGAACAAGCCGAGCAAGUCCAGAAGCAUCUCCACCAUCAAGGGUAAACUGUCAGACCAACACUUUCCCAUUGGUGAUGAGGCUAUUCCAACUGUCUCCAAGAAGCCUUUGAAGAGCCUAGGUCGAUGGUAUGAUGCCUCCCUCAAAGACAAGGAGUAAGUAGAUCAGCUCAGGAAGGACGUAAUCAGCGGUCUGGAGAACAUUGACAGAACCCUGCUUCCUGGCACGUUGAAGCUCUGGUGCAUGCAAUUUGGGCUACUUCCACGCCUCAUGGGGCCACUCAACCUAUACGAAGUUCCAAUCUCAAAGGUGGAAAAGCUAGAGAGACUGGUUAGCUCCUAUGCAAGGAAGUGGCUUGAUCUUCCCAAGUGCCUCAGCACUAAUGGGCUCUACAGCAAAGGAGUUUUAGAUCUGCCCAUUUCCAGCUUAUCUGAGGAGUACAAGUGCACCAAAGUAAGUCUGGAAAUCAUGCUUUUGGAUUUAGGCGAUCCAUUUGUAGCCCAAGCUGCCCCCAUCCUCGUUACUAGGAGGAAGUGGACCCCAUCGGCUGCAACAGAGCAGGCAAAAGCAGCACUCAGGCACAGGGACAUCGUGGGCCAAGUGCAGCAGGGGAGGAGUGGUGCAAGAGGUACGUCGGCAAGAGGAGGCAGACAGGUGCACAAAAGCUAUCUCGCAGGCGAAGCAAGGGCAGUGGAUAACAUGGGAAGGAGUGGAGAAGAGGAGGAUCUCCUGGCAAGAGCUAUGGGAAAUGGAGGCAUUCAGAGCAAGCUUCACCAUCAAGGCUGCCUACGAUGUCCUGGCAUCUCCCAAGAACCUCAGCCAGUGGUAUGGCGAAGACCACACAUGCUUAGUUGGCUGCAAGACCAGCCUCACCCAAGGCCGUUAUACCUGGCGACACAACCAGGUGUUAAAGUGUAUUGCAGCAGUGCUGGAAACGCUACGGAUGAGUGUGAACGCCCUUCAACCCCCAUCAUCCCACUGCAGACAACAUUUGUCCGGGAGAGCGAAGGUCAGGCCAGUCUCACCACCUCAAGACCAGAUGCUGGGCAGGUGAGCGGGACACGUGAUUGGAAGUUGCUGGUAGACUUAAACCAAAAGAUGUUUGCUUCCCCACAAUUUUUGAAUGUCGUAUUUGACUAUGGCAAUGGCUACAUGUUCAGAUGCUGUGGCCGAAAGAAAAAUAUAUGUAAAUAACUAUAUAUUGAUUUCUUUAUGUUAUUCUGUGAAUUUGAUUGAUCUUUUUCUUUGUGUAUGAAGGAACUACUUUUAUUUAGUUAUACAACCAUGUGCUAUUUUUAUGAUAAAUACAUUUCCUUGGUUCCUUUUUUUCUCUUUUCUUUACAUUGUUGUCAUUUCCUGUAGUAUAAUGUAUGUAUUUUUACAAAUGUAUUCUUAUUUUCUAUUUUCUAUAUAUAUUGUUGUUAUAUAUUGUUAUAUAAUUAUAUUAUUUAAACUUUCUUCUUCUUAUUUCUAUUUCUUAUAAUUCUCUUCAUUUAGCAACUUGAGCAACUGUGGCGCAACCACUUUUCCCCACAGGGAGUAUUUCUGAUGGUUCUGAUUCUCCAAGCAAAUAUUGAUAUAUGUCAUUGUUUGAGAUUAAAUCAGCAUAUAUUUCUGCCAGCCCUUAAAGUCUCCAUGCCACCCUCUGGACACGCCAUGAGUAUUUGUCUACAUCCGCCUCUAAAAAUACAGUUUUUGUCUUCUGUUAGUCACAGUCAGUCAAAACAGUCAGGAUUGUUCUUUAUGAUAAUGAGGAUGGUGAUAAUAAAUCUGCAUCAAAUUAAAACGUAGCAAAGCUAGUCAUUUAACUUAUAUUACAUUACCAUUUUCAGCAGUGCAUUAAUCCACAUGUGGUUCUCUAUAAUAAUUAUGAUAAUAA